UAAAUGAAGUGUAGGAUGGAAAACCCUCCAGAGCUUUACUGCCAGCCCCAAGUACGGUCCACAAUGGACUGGUUUAGGGGUGCAGUGCUAAUAUCUUUGCUCCUUCAUGGAGUGGUAACACACAAAGGAGACGGAAGAGAAAGAUUCGAUUUGGCCCAAGAACAUGGAGAAAAAAGGCAAAUAAAGGGACAUUACUCACCUGGCCCAAUGAAAAUGGAAGAUGGAAAAAUGCAAAUAAAGGGACAGUACUCAUCUGGCCCAAUGAAAAUGGAAGGUGGAACAUGGACUAUGCAUGGACACCACUCAUCUGGCCCAAUACAAAUGGAAGGAGGAGUAUUGCCUCAGUUGCAAGGACUGAAAGAACAUAUAUUUCCAGAAGGAACUGCAGGAAAAAUGCAAAUAAAGGGACACUACUCAUCCGGCCCGAUGAAAAUGGAAGGAGAAUGGACCAAAGGAGCUGGCAAACCAGAAGGAGCAGUGGAAUAUGUUAUUGGGGAAACUGCAGUCGGCACACAAUUCAUCACAGCUUUCCUACAGAAUCAUGACAUAAAGGAAUCUGCAAAACUUGAGGUUUUAGUGACUGCCACUUCAUCUCCCACCUCAGUCACUGUCAUCAUUAACAAUUCUGAUUUCCAGAAAGAGUUGACAGUUGGGAAGGGUGAAACAGUAACCAUUCCUCUCCCAGAAACCAUUGAAAUGAAAGGAAAAGACGUUUUGGCAGAUUCAGUGAUCAUUCAGUCAGAUAAUGAAGUAACAGUUGUUUCCCGAAAUUUGAAGUAUGCCAGUGGCGAUACAGCUUUGAUUUACCCAGUGGAUCGGCUGGGAACCGAAUAUUACAUUUUUACCCCUCCAUUUGACGCUAGUUCUUCCUAUAAAGAGUUUGCAGUAAUAGCCUAUGGAAAUGAGACAAAGGUUGAUAUUUAUCUUAACGGAGCUGUGAAUUUCAAAGGAAAGGACUAUGAGAAGGGUAGCAAACUAACCCUGUCCCUUCAACCUUUCCAAACAGUGCAGCUUCAGAGUACUGAUGAUCUUUCAGGAAGUAGGGUGGUCUCCGAGUAUCCUGUGGCUGUCCUGAGUGGUCACACAUGUUCUAAGAAAAACGGGGACUGUGACCACGUGUAUGAGCAGCUCUUACCAGUCUCAAGCUGGGGUUCUACAUUUUAUAUCCCAGGAUUGUCCUUUCAACCUAAAUCUGAUAUUGUUUUUGUCAUAGCUUCCCAAGAUACAGCAGUUGAUUUCCAGUCUGGUACAAAUAAAGGGAAGAAAACUCUGAGAGCAGGGGAAGUGAUCCAGUUUGAAGUUGCACAGAAUUCCCCUUUGACCCUAAAUGCUAAUCAUAAAAUCCAAGUCUUCUUUUACGGCACUGGUGGGAAAUUCCAAGACAACAUCUUCGGCGUCUUCCUUUCCAGUGUUCCUGCCACCACAUCCUUUGGUUUGGAGUAUGAGAUCAUUGGUCAAGAUAACAUGGAAGUCAAUCUGGCUGUGAUUAUAACGAAAACAUUGAGUUUAGAAGCAAUCACUUUUGAUGGGAAGCCAUUAACAGGAAUCAAGUGGCAAGAGUUCCCCGGAUCUAAGUUUUCUUGGGCAGAAUAUAAUUACGGCAGUGGCUUGAGUUCCCACGUAGUUGCUCAUCCUACAGAUAUAUUUGGACUGCUGAGCAUUGGUUAUUCUAAAAGUACAGCCUAUGGAUCAGUGGCAGCCAGUAUUCGUGGACCAGGAUUUGGUGAAAUGUCAUGGCUACAAGAAUAUAUGCUUCAACCAGGAGCACAGGGUCAACCAAUGGGACCACAGAUGGCACCCGGUUUUCCAAUGCCUGGCAUGUCAGGACAAUGGAUAAUUAUGCAAGGUCAAGGACCACCAACAGAGCAAACUGUAUAUGAAGGAACACCAAUAGUUCAACUCCCUGGCACUACUGAUGAAUGGAUAGUGGAACUGGAUUUACCAUCAGGACCUGCAAAGUUUACAGGGAAGCCCAUUGCUCCAGUGCCUGGAAAAAAAGGAAAAUGGACAAUAGAAGCACAUCAUCCAGUGCAAUUAAAAACUGAACAUAUCAUGCAGCCAGCAGAACCAGCACCUGGUUUUCCAAUGCCUGGCAUGACAGGACACUGGAUAAUUAUGCAAGGUCAAGGACCACCAACAGAGCAAACCGUAUAUGAAGGAACACCAAUAGCACAACUCCCUGGCACUACUGAUGAAUGGAUAGUGGAACUGGAUUUGCCAUCAGGACCUGCAAAGUUUACAGGGAAGCCCAUUGCUCCAGUGCCUGGAAAAAAAGGAAAAUGGACAAUAGAAGCACAUCAUCCAGUGCAAUUAAAAACUGAACAUAUCAUGCAGCCAGCAGAACCAGCACCUGAUUUUCCAAUGCCUGGCAUGACAGGACACUGGAUAAUUAUGCAAGGUCAAGGACCACCAACAGAGCAAACAGUAUAUGAAGGAACACCAAUAGCACAACUCCCUGGCACUACUGAUGAAUGGAUAGUGGAACUGGAUUUGCCAUCAGGACCUGCAAAGUAUACAGGGAAGCCCAUUGCACCAGUGCCUGGAAAAAAAGGAAAAUGGACAAUAGAAGCACAUCAUCCAGUCCAAUUAAAAACUGAACAUAUCAUGCAGCCAGCAGAACCAGCACCUGGUUUUCCAAUGACUGGCAUGACAGGACAUUGGAUAAUUAUGCAAGGUCAAGGACCACCAACAGAUCAAACAGUAUAUGAAGGAACACCAAUAACACAACUCCCAGGCACUACUGAUGAAUGGAUAGUGGAACUGGAUUUGCCAUCAGGACCUGCAAAGUAUACAGGGAAGCCCAUUGCUCCAGUGCCUGGAAAAAAAGGAAAAUGGACAAUAGAAGCACACCAUCCAGUCCAAUUAAAAACUGAACAUAUCAUGCAGCCAGCAGAACCAGCACCUAGUUUUCCAACGACUGGCAUGACAGGACAAUGGAUAAUUAUGCAAGGUCAAGGACCACCAACAGAGAAAACAGUAUAUGAAGGAACACCAAUAGUACAACUCCCUGGCACUACUGAUGAAUGGAUAGUGGAACUGGAUUUGCCAUCAGGACCUGCAAAGUUUACAGGAAAGCCCAUUGCUCCAGUGCCUGGAAAAAAAGGAAAAUGGACAAUAGAAGCACAUCAUCCAGUGCAAUUAAAAACUGAACAUAUCAUGCAGCCAGCAGAACCAGCACCUGGUUUUGCAAUGCCUGGCAUGACAGGACAAUGGAUAAUUAUGCAAGGUCAAGGACCACCAUCAGAGCAAACAGUAUAUGAAGGAACACCAAUAGCACAACUCCCGGGCACUACUGAUGAAUGGAUAGUGGAACUGGAUUUGCCAUCAGGACCUGUAAAGUAUACCGGGAAGCCCAUUGCUCCAGUGCCUGGAAAAAAAGGAAAAUGGACAAUAGAAGCACAUCAUCCAGUGCAAUUAAGACCUGGAACAUACAUAGGGGGGACUCCACAUGUAUUAAUGACAAAUGAAGAAGUACCACUUGGACCAGAGUCAAUGACAGAAGGUGAAGUCUAUAUGGAAGAACCUGAAGAAGCAGAGCAACCAGCUGAAAUACAAUUUGAAUGGGGCCCAUCUGAUGUUACUUCCCAUGGUAAAGACUUUGCCACAGUGUUCUUGCAGAACCACAAACCUGAUGAGAAGUCAAAACUUGAGCUUUUUGUUACCUCCAAAUAUGCAUCUACCUCAGUUUCUGUCACCAUUAGCAACUCUGAUUUCAGGAAAGAGCUAAGGUUAAAAAAAGGAGAAACAGUAACAGUGCCUAUCUCAGCUAAAAUGGAAAUGCAAGGUUCCAAAGCAUUCCCAAAUGUAGUAGUGAUUAAGGCAAAUAAAGAUGUUACAGUGAUCUCUCGGAACUCCAAGUAUGCCAGUAUUGAUACUGCUCUGAUUUACCCACUCCAUCGUCUAGGAAAUGAAUAUUAUAUCAUAACCCCUCCAUGGGGUCCUGCUACUUCUUUGAAGGAGUUUGCUCUGGUGUCUUUAGGAACACCCACGACCAUUAAUAUAGACCUGAAUGGAGCUAUACACUUCCAAGACAGAGAUUAUCCAAGAGGUUCCAGGCUAACAAUACACCUCAAUCCAUUCCAAGCAGUGCAGUUUCAAAGUACUGAUGACCUCUCAGGUACCAAAAUAACUUCUCAGUCUCCUAUAGCUGUCCUAAGUGGUCACACAUGUUCUGCGAAAAAUGGAGAAUGUGAUCAUGUCUAUGAACAAUUGUUACCAGUUACCAAUUGGGGAAGGACCUUUUUCAUCCCUGGCAUGUCUUUCCAGUCUAAAACCGAUAUUGUAUUUGUCGGGACUUACCAGGACACUGUGAUUGAUUACCAGUCGGGGCCAAACCGUGAAAAGAAAAAUGUUGGUGCCGGAGAAGUGAUUCAAUUUGAGACAUCACAAGUAUCUCCUUUAUCUCUAAAUGCCAAUAAUAACAUUCAGGUAUUUUAUUUUGGAACUGGAGGGAUAUCAGGAAAGUCAAAAUUCGGCACAUUCCUUACCAACAUUCCUUCCACUGAAUCAUUUGGUUUGGAAUAUGAAGUUAUUGCCCAAGAUAAAUUCAAAGUCAAUCUGGCUAUAAUUAUUUGCAAAACAUCUUCUCAAGGAGAAUUUACUACAGAUGGAAAUUCUAUGGAAAACAUAGAAUGGAAAGCAUUCCCUGGAUUAGAGUACUCCUGGGGAGAGCUGAACUAUGGUAGUGGCUUCAGUUCCCAUAAAAUCCAACAUCCUACAACCCCAUUUGGUCUCUUGAGCAUUGGAUAUUCUCCAAGUACUGCCUAUGGAUCAGUGGCUCCCUGCAUACGUGGUCCCGCUGUUGUUGCUCCAGGAGAGUGGAUCAUAGAGAGGCGGCCAGGUCAACCAACAAGAUUUAGAGGGAAACCUAUAUCUGAAAUACCCGGAAGAAAAGGAUUCUGGAUCAUAGAAGUGACACUUCCAACAGGACCAAGGAAAUAUGUAGGGAGACCCAUAUUUUCAAUACCAGGGACAACUGAAUGGAUCAUAGAAACUGAAGAGCCAACUGAACCAGUGCCAUAUGAAGAACAACCUGAACCUUUUGUUUCUGGAGGCUGGAUCAUUGAAGCUUUCCGUCCAGGUCAAAAAACCAAGUUUAGAGGAAGACCAAAAGCUCCAAUCUUUGGAAGAAAAGGAAUAUGGAUCAUUGAAGUGGACCUACCAACAGGAAAGAGGCUGUUUGAAGGAAGACCCCUUUCUCCAUUUCCUGGAACUGAAGGAGAAUGGAUCGUAGAAACAGAAGAGCCAACUAAUCCAGUGGAAUAUAAAGAGACACCUGGCGCUCCAGCUACUACAGACUGGAUUAUUGCAUUGGGACGUCCUGGUGAACCAACAAAGUUUAAAGGGAGGCCUGUAGCACCAAUUCCUGGAACUAAAGGAAAAUGGCUUAUUAGAGUGGUUAUGCCAUUUGGAGUGAUGGAAUACGAAGGAAAGCCUGUAGCCCCACUUCCAGAUUCAGAUGACUGGAUCAUAGAAACAGAAGAGUCAACCGCACCAGUGCCAUAUGAAAAAAAACCUGGAGUUGAAGUUCCUACAGACUGGAUCUUAACAAUGGGACACCCAGGUCAACCAACAAGGUUUAAAGGGAGACCCAUAGCUCCAAUUAAAGGGAAAAAAGGAUACUGGCUCAUAAAAGUGGUAUUUCCAUCAGGAACAAUGGAAUAUGAAGGAAGACCUGUAGCUCCACUGCCUGGAACAGAUGAUUGGAUCAUAGAAACAGGAGAAUCUACUGCACCAGUGCCAUAUGAAGAGAAACCUGACAUGCCAGUUUCUGCAGAUUGGAUCAUAGAAUUGGGAAGUUCAGGUCAACCAACUAAAUUUAAAGGAAAACCUGUGGCUCCUGUUCCUAAUAAGAAAGGAAUAUGGAUUAUAAGUGUGUCAGGAAACAUUCUGUAUGAGGGAAAGCCAAUAGCUCCAUUACCAGGUUUAGAAGGAGACUGGCUGGUAGAAACAGAAGAAUCAACUACACCAGUGCCAUAUGAUGAGCAACCUGGAGUUCCAGUGUCUACAGAUUGGAUUAUAGAAAUAGGAAGUCCUGGCAAGCCAACUAUAUUUAAAGCAAGACCUCUUGUACCACUUCCUGGAAGAAAAGGAAUAUGGAUUGUAGAAGUGAAAUUACCCACAGAAACACUGCAGUUUGAAGGAAAACCUAAAGCUCCAAUACCAGGAACAGAUGGAGACUGGAUGGUGGAAACAGACAAGCCAACCAUGCCCAUACCCUAUAAACAGAAACCUGGAGAGUCACUUCCUAAAGGAGAUUGGAUCAUAGAACUAGGACGGCCAGACCAUCCAGGAAAAUUCAAAGGAAUACCUAUUGGUCCAAUUCCAGGAACAAAAGGACUGUGGCUCAUAAAAGUGCUAUUAGAAACUGGACCAGAGUAUUAUCAAGGAAGACCUGUAGGUCCAAUGCCAGGAACAGAUGAUCAAUGGAUAAUAGAAACAGAGGAGCCAUCUGCCCCAGUACCAUUUGAAGAGACACCAGGAGUGGAAAUUCCCAAAGAUUGGAUAAUACAAUUGGGAGGCCCAGGUCGACCAACUACAUUUAAAGGGAGACCUGAAGCCCCAGUUCCUGACAAGAAAGGAAUAUGGAUCAUAAAAGUAGAACUACCAGGAACAGGAACUGUUACAUAUGAAGGAAUACCAAAACACCCACUCCCUGAUUCAGAUGAUUGGAUCGUAGAAACAGAGGAAUCAAGUGUUCCAGUACCAUAUGAAGAAAAACCAGAAGCUCCACUUUUUAAAGAUUGGAUCAUUCAAAUGGGCCGCCAAGGUCAACCAACCAAGUUUAGAGGAAAACCUGAUGCUCCAGUUCCUGGAAAGAAAGGAGUGUGGGUCAUGAAUGUGAGAUUCCCAACAGAAACCAAGCAGUAUGAAGGAAUACCCCGAACUCCAUUAGAAAGUAUAGAAGGAGAAUGGAUUGCAGAAACAGAGGAGCCCACAGUACCGAUACCAUAUGAAGAAAAACCUGAAGCUCCAUUAUCUAGAGACUGGAUUUUUGAAAUUGGACAGCCAGGGAAGCCAACAAAAUUCAAAGGGAGACCUAUUGCUCCAAUCCUUGAGAAAAAAGGAGUAUGGAUCAUAGAAGUGAAACUGCCAACAGGGACGGUGUGGUAUGAAGGAAUUCCUUCUGCCCCAUUAACAGAAGGAGAAUGGAUUGUAGAAACAGAAGAGUCGACAAUGCCAGUGCUUUAUGAAGAGAAACCCGAAGCCCCAGUGUUUACAGAUUGGCUCAUAGAAAUAGGAGCUCCAGACAAGCCAUCAAGAUUUAAAGGGAAACCCGUUGCACCAGUACCAGGAAAGAAAGGGUAUUGGAUUAUAGAAGUGAAAAUGCCAACAGGAAAAGUACGCUAUGAAGGAAAACCUGUUUCUCAAUUACCAGGCACAGAAGGAGACUGGGUUGUAGAAACAGAGGAGCCCACUGUUCCGGUACUAUAUGAAGAAAAUCCGGAAGCUCCAGUGUCUACAGAUUUCAUCAUAGAAAUAGGUGGUUCAGGCAAGCCAACCAAAUUUAAAGGAAGACCUGUUGCACCAAUUCCUGGAAGAAAAGGAAUUUAUACUAUAGAAGUAAAAUUACCAACAGGAACUGAACUAUAUGAAGGGAAACCCAUAUCUCCAAUUCCAGGGACAGAUGGAGACUGGACAAUAGAAACUGAGCACCCAACUAUGCCGGUGCCAUAUGAAAGCAAACCUGAAGAACCAGUCUCUAAAGCAAAGUGGAUCAUAGAAUUUGGAAGUCCUGGGAAACCCACAAAAUAUAUAGGAAAACCUAAGGCUCCAGUUCCUGGAAGAAAAGGAUAUUGGAUCAUACAAGUAACACAACCAACAGGAGUAGAGGAAUAUAUAGGACGUCCUGUAGCAACACUGCCGGGGACAGAUGGAGACUGGAUUGUAGAAACAGAUGAAUCAACAAUCCCUGAACCAUAUGAAGAAAAGCCUGGAACUGAAGCUCCUAGAGAUUGGAUCAUAGAAAUUGGACAGCCUGGCAAACCAACACGGUUUAAAGGAAGACCUAUAGCUCCAGUUCCUGGAAAGGAAGGAAAAUGGAUCAUAAGAGUAUUUACACCAACGGGAACAAUUGACUAUGAAGGGAAACCUUUAGCUCCACUCCCAGAUUCAGAUGACUGGAUCAUAGAAACAGAUGACUCAUCUUUACCAGUCCUAUAUGAAGAAAAUCCUGAAGCUCCAGCUCCUACAGACUGGAUCAUAGAUCCUGCACAUCAAGGUCAACCGUCUAAAUUUAAAGGAAGACCAAUUGCUCCUUUUCCUGGAAAACCAGGAAUGUGGAUAAUAAGUGUGAGAUUCCCAACUGGAACCAAAUAUUAUAUAGGACGACCUAGAUCACCAUUAACAGGUCCAGAAGGUGACUGGAUAGUAGAAACAGAAGAAUCAACUAUGCCAUUGCCAUAUGUAGAAACACCUGAGGCUCCGGUCUCUACAGACUGGAUCAUAGAAAUGGGAAGCCCAGGCAAACCAACCAAAUUUAAAGGAAAACCUAUUGCACCUGCUCCAGGUAGAAAAGAAAUGUGGAUUCUAGAAGUUAAACAGCCUACAGGAACAGUGCGCUAUCUUGGGUUACCUAAAUCUCCAUUACCAGAUGGGGAUUGGCUGGCAGAAACAGAGGAACCAACAGUCCCGGUGCCAUAUGAAGAAAAACCUGAAGCUCCAGUGACUACAGAUUGGAUAAUAGAAAUAGCACGUCCAGGCUUACCAACAAAAUUUAAAGCGAAACCUGUUGUACCAAUCACUGGAAGGAAAGGAAUAUGGAUCGUAGAAGUGAGACAGCCAACAGGAACAGUUCUAUAUGAAGGAAGACCUGUAUCCCCAUCACCUGACAAAGAAGGAGAAUGGAUAACAGAAACAGAACCAUCAACCCUGCCAGUGCCAUAUGAAGAGAAACCAGGGGAGCCAUUGCCUAAAGGAGAAUGGCUGAUAGAACUAGGAAGUCCAGGGAAACCAACUAAAUUUAGAGGAAAACCUGUUGCUCCAAUUCCAACAAAGAAGGGAUAUUGGCUCAUUAAAGUGACAACAGUAAGAGGAGUAGAGUAUUAUGAAGGAAAGCCAAUCACUGCAAUGCCAGGGACAGAUGGAGACUGGAUUGUUGAAACAGAAGAAUCCACUGUACCCAUAACCUAUGAAGAAAAACCUGGAUCUGAAGUUCCCAAAGAUUGGAUUAUAGAAAUUGGGGCUCCAGGUCAACCAACAAAAUUCAGAGGGAGACCCGUAGCUCCACAUCCUGAAAAGAAAGAUGCAUGGAUUAUUAAUGUGGUAGUCCCAACAGGAACAAUGCAGUUUGAAGGGAAACCUGUAUCACCAUUCCCAGGUUCAGAUGAUGACUGGAUAAUAGAAACCUUGGAGCCAACUGUACCAAUACCAUAUGAAGAGCAGCCUGGAGUAGUAGUUUUCAAAGAUUUCAUCCUACAAAUGGGGCAUUCAGGUCAACCAAGCCGAUUUAAAGGGAAACCUUUUGCUCCAGUUAUUGGAAAGAAAGGAAUAUGGAUUAUAAGCGUGCAAUUCCCAACUGGAACCAGACUCUUUGAAGGAAGACCUAUAUCUCCACUGACAGAUCCAGAAGGGAACUGGGUAGUGGAAACAGAGGAAGCAACUGCACCGGUGCCAUAUGAAGAAAAGCCUGAAGCUCCAGUAUCUACAGAUUGGAUAAUACAAAUAGGAGGUCCAGGUCAGCCAUCAAAGUUUAAAGGAACACCGAUUGCACCAAUUCCUAAUAGGAAAGGUGAAUGGGUCGUAGAAGUGAAACUGCCAACAGGAACAGUAUUGUAUGAAGGGAAACCUGUGGCCCCAAUGCCAUCAGCAGAAGGAGCAUGGACAAUAGAAACAGCUCAGCCAUCAAUGCCAGUGCAAUAUGAAGAGAAACCAGGAGAACCCAUUCCUAAAGGAGCAUGGAUAAUGGAACUAGCACGUCCAGGUCAACCAACAAAAUUUAUAGGAAGACCUGUAGCUCCAGUCCCCAACAAAAAAGGAAUAUGGAUCAUAAAAGUCCAACAACCAACAGGGGUAGAAGAGUAUGAAGGGAAGCCUAUAGCUCAAAUGCCUGGGACAGAUGGAGACUGGAUCAUAGAAACAGACCAGCCAACUGUACCCGUUCCAUAUGAAGUGGAACCUGGUGCACCAAGUCCUUCAGGAGACUGGGUCAUUGAAUUCACACAUGAUGGACAACCAACUACAUUUAAAGGGAAACCCAUAGGUCCAAUUCCAGGGAAAAAAGGUUAUUGGACUAUACAAGUUACUCUGCCAACUGGAACAAUGGACUAUGAAGGGAUACCAAGAUCCCCAAUUCCUGGUACUGAUGACUGGAUUGUUGAAACAGGAAAGCCAAUGGUCCCUAUACCAUAUGAAGGAGAACCUGGAGUUACAAUUCCUACAGAUUGGAUCAUACAACUUGCAAGUCCAGGACAACCAACAAAAUUUAAAGGAAUUCCUAUUGCUCCAAUUCCUGGGAGAAAAGCAUGGGUUGUUGAAGUGAAACUGCCAAAAGAAACAAUGGAACUUGAAGGGAAGCCAAUAGCUCCUUUGCCGGAAACAGAUGGAGAAUGGUUGAUUGAAACAGAACAGCCAACUGUGCCGGUGCCAUAUGAAACAAAACCCGGAGAACCAGUGCCUAAAGGAGAAUGGAUUGUAGAAAAAGCACAACCAAAUAAACCAACUAAAUUUAAAGGGAAGCCCAUAGCUCCAAUUCUUGGACAAAAAGACCUUUGGAUUAUAAAAGUGACACAGCCAACAGGGAUUGAGUUAUAUGAAGGAAGACCUUUAUCUAGAAUUCCAGGACCAGAAGGUGAAUGGAUAACAGAAACUGCACAACCAACAAUGCCAGUUCCAUAUAAAGAGAAGCCUGGAGUUCCAACACCUUCAGAAGACUGGAUCAUAGAGGAAACACAUGAUGAUAAACCAACUAAAUUUAAAGGGAGACCCAUUGCUCCUAUUUAUGGGAAACAAGGAUUGUGGUUGAUUAGAGUGACUUUGCCAACAGGAACAAUUGAAAUGGAAGGAAGACCUGUAUCAGCAAUUCCAGGAACAGAUGACUGGAUUAUAGAAACAGAUCAACUAACUUUACCAAUGCCACAUGAAAGAGAACCAGGGGCUCAGAUUUACACAGACUGGAUAAUAGAAAUAGGACAAUCGGGUCAACCAACUAAAUUUAAAGGAACACCUAUAGCUCGGGUUCCUGGAAAAAAAGAUAUAUGGAUUGUUAAUGUAAAAACACCAUCUGGCAUCUUACAGUUUGAAGGAAAACCUUUAGCUCCACUUCCAGGAACAGAAAGAGAAUGGACAAUAGAAACAGAACAGCCAACUGUGCCAGUGCCAUAUGAAGGAAAACCUGACGAACCACUUUUUAAAGACUGGAUUGUAGAAUUAGCAAGUGAAGACAAACCAACAAAAUUUAAAGGAAAACUUUUUGCUCCUAUUCCUGGUAAGAAAGACAAAUGGAUCAUAAAAGUCACAUCACCAACAGGAAUUGAAGAAUAUGAAGGGAAACCUAUUGGACCAAUUUCAGGGACACCUGAGUGGAUUAUAGAAACAUUACAGCCAUCUGUUCCAGUGCCAUAUGUACAAACACCCGAAGCUCCUGUUCCAACAGGAGAUUGGAUCACUGAAUAUACAUUUGAAGAUAAACCUACUAAAUUUAGGGGAAGACCUAUGGCUCCUAUUCCUGGAAAGAAAGGCAUAUGGAUCAUUGAAGUAAAUCUACCAACAGAAAAGGUUUACUAUGAAGGGAUACCCAUCACUCCAAUUGCACAGACAAAUGGAGAAUGGGUGGUAGAGACACAGAAACCAACUUUACCAGUGCCAUAUGAAGGAGAACCAGGAGUUCCAGUUACAACAGAUUGGAUAACUGAGCUGGCAAGUCCAGGCAAACCUACAAGAUUUAAAGGAAAACCUAUUGCUCCAAUAUCUGGAAGAAAGCGAACUUGGCUCAUAAGAGUGACACAGCCAACAGGGGUAUAUGAGUAUGAAGGCAUACCGGAAUCUCCAAUUCCAGGAACAGAUGAUUGGACAAUAAAGACAGAAGAGCCAACAGCACCAGUGCUAUAUGAAGCAAAACCUGAAGAGCCAUCUCCUAAAGAAGACUGGAUCAUAGAAUUAGGAAGUGCAGACAAUCCAACUAAAUUUAAAGGAAGACCUUCUGCUCCAAUUCCACAACGAAAAGUGUGGGUCAUAAAAGUCACACGACCAACUGGAGUAGAAGAAUUUGAAGGGAUACCUAUAUCAGAAAUUCCAGGUGGUGCUGGAGAAUGGAUCAUAAAAACAGAGCAGCCAACAACACCUGUGCCCUAUGAACAGGAACCUGGAGCCCCAAGUCCAACAGCUGAAUGGAUCAUAGAUAUGACACAUGAAGACCAACCAACUAAAUUUAAAGCAAAACCUGUAGCUCCAUACCCAGGAAGAAAAGGGUUGUGGAUCGUUGAUGUAAAAAUACCAACAGGAGUAAUACAAUAUUAUGGAAUACCAAAAUUUCCACUUGCAGACACAGAUGGAGAAUGGCUGACAGAAACAGAGAAGCCAACAUUGCCUUUCCCAUAUGAACCAGAAGCAGGAGUCCAACUACAAACAGACUGGAUCAUUGAAAUUGGACGCCCAGGCCAACCAACAAAAUUCAAAGGGAGGCCAAAAGCUCCAAUCCCUGGGAGAAAAGGUAUAUGGAUCAUAGAUGUGGAAACCCCAUCAGGAACAAUCGAAUAUGAAGGGAAACCUGUAUCUCAAGUUCCAGGAGUGGAUGGACUAUGGACCAUAGAAACAGAGCUACCAAGUAUGCCAGUGCCAUACGAAGGGAAACCUGGGGAACCUGUUCCAAAAGGAGAAUGGAUAAUAGAAUUGGGACGCCCAGGUCAACCAACGAAAUUUAAAGGAAUACCUGUUGCUCCAAUUCCUGGAAAUAAAGGGAAAUGGCUAAUAAAAGUGCCACUGCCGACAGGAACAGAGGAAUAUGAAGGAAUACCUAUCGGACCUAUUCCAGGGGGUGAUGGACACUGGAUCAUUGCAACGGAGCAGACAACAGUACCAGUACCCUAUGAACAGAAACCAGAAGCUCCAGUUCCUUCAGGAGACUGGAUUAUAGAAAUGACAAAUGGUGACAAACCAACCAAAUUUAAAGGGAGACCUCAGGCUCCAAUACCUGGAAGAAAAGGAUAUUGGAUAAUUGAAGUGAAAAUGCCCUCAGGAAAUGUACUCUAUGAAGGAAUACCAAAGGCCCCAAUACCAGACUCAGAUGGUCAAUGGGUAACAGAAACAGAACAACCAACUUUACCAGUACCAUAUCAAGGUGAACCAGGAGUUGAAACGAAAACAGACUGGAUCAUUAAUAUUGGAAGUCCAGACCAGCCAACCAGAUUUAAAGGACGACCUAAAUUCCCAAUUCCCGGAAGAAAAGGGUACUGGAUUAUAGAAGUCAGUACUCCUACAGGAACAAUGGAAUAUGAAGGGAAACCUGUUUCUCCAUUUCCAGGAAUAGACGGAGAAUGGACUGUAGAGACAGAUGAAGGAACUAUGCCAAUGCCAUAUGAAGGCAAACCGGAAGAGCCUAAAGUAAAUUGGAUUAUAAACUUCGCGAGUCCAGGAAAACCAACAACAUUUAGAGGAAGGCCAAUAGCGCCAAUCCCUGGGAGAAAGGGAAUAUGGAUCAUAAGACUGAUUACACCAAAUGGAAUUGAAGAAUAUGAAGGAAUUCCCAAUUCUCCAGUUCCUGGAAGUGAUGGUGACUGGGUUGUACAAACAGAGGAAUCAACUGCACCAAUACCAUAUGAACCAAAACCUGAAGCUCCAACUCCCACAGGAGACUGGAUCAUUGAAUUUUCUCAUGACGAUAAGCCAACUAAAUUCAAAGGGAAACCUCUUGCACCUAUCCCAGGAAGAAAAGGAUUUUGGAUAAUAAGUGUGCCCCAACCAUCAGGAACAGAGGAAUAUGAAGGCAAACCCAUAGCUCCUCUUCCAGGGACAGAUGGAUACUGGGUGAUAGAAACAGAAAAGCCAACAUUACCAGUGCCAUAUCAACGAGAGCCUGGAGUUUCAAUUACUAUAGACUGGAUCUUAGAAAUGGGAAGUCCGGGACACCCAACAACAUUUAAAGGAAAACCAUUAGCUCCAGUUCCUGGGAAAAAAGGAUAUUGGAUCAUAGAAGUGAAAUUCCCAACAGGAACAAAGCGAUUUAUCGGGAAGCCUGUAGCACCAAUUCCAGGCACAGAUGGUGAAUGGACCAUAGAAACAGCACAGCCAACUAUGCCAGAAGAAUAUGAAGAAGAACCUGGAGUUCCAACUCCUACAGGAGACUGGAUAAUUGAAAAAGGAGAUGCAAAUAAACCAACUAAAUUUAAAGGAAAGCCUCAGGCACCAAUUCCUGGGAAAAAAGGAUUUUGGAUCAUAAGAGUGACCCUGCCUACAGGAGUUGAGGAGUAUGAAGGGAGACCAGUGGGCCAAAUUCCAGGAACAGAUGAUUGGAUUGUAGAAACAGAGAAACCAACUAUGCCAGCGCCAUAUGAAGAAAAACCAGGAGAACCUACUAUUUCAGAUUUAUCAAACUGGAUUAUAGAAACCUCCCAUCAAGACCAACCAACCAGAUUUAAAGGGAAACCAAAAGCUCCAGUCCCAAAUAGAAAAGGCUUGUGGAUCAUAACUGUGAUGCUGCCAACAGGAGCUGUUGAAUAUAUAGGGAUACCAAAAGCACCAAUUCCAGGAACAGAUGGAGACUGGAUAAUAGAAACAGAUAAGCCAACUUUACCAGAGCUAUAUGAACCAGAACCUGGAAUCCCAACACCUACAGGAGAUUGGCUCAUACUGUUAGGAACUCCUGGUCAACCAACACAAUUUAAAGGGAGACCUAAAGUUCCUAUUCCUGGAAAAAGAGGAAAAUGGAUUGUAGAUGUUAUAACACCAUCAGGAAAAGAUGAAUUUGAAGGAAAACCUAUAGCCCCAAUUUCAGGAACAGAUGGAGAUUGGACUAUAGAAUCAGAGCCAUCAUCUAUACCUGUUCCAUAUGAAGAAACACCUGAAAAUCCACUUCCAAAAGGAGAAUGGAUCACUGAAUUAGCAACUCCAGAUCACCCAACUGCAUUUGUUGGAAAACCUGUGGCUCCACAUCCUACCAAAAAAGGCUUAUGGAUUAUAAGAGUACCACAGCCUACUGGAACAGAAGAGUAUGAAGGAAAACCAAUAUCUCCACUUGCAGGGACAGAAGGUGACUGGGCAAUAGAAACAGAGCAGCCAACUGUACCAGUGCCAUAUGAACCAAAACCAGGAGAUCCAGUUCCUACAGGAGAUUGGAUCAUAGAAUUAGCACAUGAUGAUCAGCCAACUAAAUUUAAAGGGCGUCCCAAUGCUCCAAUUCCUAACAAGAAAGAAAUGUGGCUCAUACAUGUGAGGACACCAUCAGGAAUUUUAGAGUUUGAAGGACGACCCAUGGAUCCACUUGCAGGAACAGAUGGAGAUUGGAUGAUAGAAACAGAUCAGCCAACCCUACCAAUACCAUAUGAAAAAGAGCCUGGAGCUCCAUCUCCAUCAGGAGAAUGGAUUAUAGAGUUUGCCCAGCCAGGACAAAAAACAAAAUUUAGAGCAAAGCCUCUUGUUCCUCUUUAUGGAAGAAAAGGAAUAUGGAUUGUGGAAGUGAAACUUCCAACAGAGACAAGGAACUAUGAAGGAAAACCCAUAUCUCCAACAGGGAUUGAUGGAGAAUGGAUCACAGAAACAGAGCACACUUCUGUACCUAUCGAAUAUGAAGGAAAGAAAGAAGAGCCAUUGCCUAUAGUUGAAUGGAUACAGCAACUAGCAAGGCCAGGACAGCCAACACAAUUUAAAGGAAAACCUGUAGCACCAAUUCCUGGACGAAAAGGAGUAUAUAUCAUCAGAGUAACAGAACCUCUGGGAACUGAGGAUUAUUAUGGAAUACCUAAAGCACCCUUGCCUGGAACAGAAGGAGAAUGGACCGCAGAAACAGAGCAGCCAACUGUACCAGUGCCAUAUGAACCAGAACCAGGAGCUCCAAAGCCUACGGGAGAUUUUAUCAUGGAAAUGGCACAACCUGAUAAACCAACAAAAUUCAAAGGGAGACCAGUAGCUCCAAUUCCAAAUAGAAAAGGAAUAUGGAUUAUUUCUGUGCAAACACCAACAGGAACAGUGAAUUAUGAAGGAAGACCCAUAUCUUUGAUUGAAGAGACAGACGGAGACUGGAUAGUAGAAACAGAGAAACCAACAUUACCAGUAGAAUAUGAACCAGAACCUGGAGCUCCAACUCCUACAGGAGAAUUUAUCAUAGAAGUAAGCCGUAACAGACAACCAUCAAAAUUUAAAGGGAGACCUUCUGCACCAAUUCCAGGAUCAAAUGGAUUAUGGAUCAUAGAUGUGAAAUUCCCUACUGGAACCAUACAAUAUGUAGGAAAACCAAGAUCUCCACUGCCAGGAACAGAAGGAGACUGGAUUGUAGAAACUGAAGGACCAACUAUGCCACUGCCAUAUGAAGAGAAACCAGAAGCUCCAGUUCCCCAAGGAGGAUGGAUUUUACAACUAGCAACCCUAGAUAAGCCAACUAAAUUUAAAGGGAAACCUGUAGCUCCAAUUAUUGGAAGAAAAGGAAUUUGGAUUAUACAAGUCCAACAGCCAACUGGAAUAGAGGAAUAUGAAGGCAAACCUCAAGCUCCAAUUCCAGGGACAGAUGGUCUCUGGACCAUAGAAACAGAACAACCAACAGUGCCUGUUCAAUAUGAGAGGAAACCCGACACGCCAGCACCUUCAGGAGCAUGGAUCCUUGAAUUUGCUCAUGACGAUCAACCAACUAAAUUCAAAGGAAUACCGGUAGCUCCAAUUCCUGGAAGAAAAGUAUGGAUUAUUAGAGUGACACUGCCAUCAGGAACAUAUGAAUUUGAAGGAGUGCCUGUAGCCCAAUUUCCAGGGACAGACGGAGACUGGAUUGUUGAAACAGAACAGCCAACGCUACCAGUGCCUUAUGAAGAGGAACCUGGAGUUACAAGGCCUUCAGCUGAAUGGAUCAUAGAAUUGGGACGAUCUGGACAACCAAGCAGAUUUAAAGGGAAACCUGUAUCACCAAUUCCUGGACGUAUAGGCAAGUGGAUCAUAGAAGUGAGAACACCAACACAAAUAACUCUAUAUGAAGGAAUACCCACUGCUCCAAUUCCAGAUACAGAUGACUGGACCAUUGAAACAGAAGGUCCCACUGUACCAGUUUUAUAUCAAGGGAAACCUGGAGAACCAGUACCUGAAGUAAAAUGGAUUAUACAACUAGGACAUCCAGGCCAACCGACAAGGUUUAAAGGAAGGCCAAUUGCUCCAAUCCCUGGAAAAAGAGGAAAGUGGUUGAUAAGAGUCACACUGCCAACUGGAAUAGAGGAAUAUGAAGGAAAACCUGUAUCUCCAAUCACAGAGACAGAUGACUGGAUCAUUGAAACAGAGCCAUCAACUGUACCAGUGCCAUACAAACCGGAAACUGAAGUUCCAGCCCCUUCAGGAAACUUUAUCAUAGAAUUAACAAAAGGUGAUAAGCCCACUAAAUUUAAAGGAAAACCUAUAGCGCCUGGGAAUACAAAAGGAAAAUGGAUCAUAAGAGUAACUACGCCAACUGGAAUCGAGUACUAUGAAGGACGACCUAUUUCUGCAAUCCCAGGAACAGAAGGAGAGUGGAUUAUAGAAACAGAGUUUCCAACUUUACCAGUACCAUACGAGGAAGAACCUGGAGCUAAACUCCCAACAGACUGGAUCAUAGAAUUUGGACUGCCUGGUCAGCCAACAAAGUUUAAAGGAAAACCUGUUGCUCCUAUUCCUGGCAGAAGAGGAAUAUGGAUUUUUGAUGUGAUAUUUCCAACAGGAGUUGUACAAUAUGAAGGAAGACCUAAAUAUCCAAUGGCAGACACAGAUGAUUGGAUCAUAGAAACAGAGAUGCCAACUAUUCCAGUGCAGUAUGAGCCAAAACCCGGAGAACCUGUUCCUAAAGGAGAAUGGAUCAUAGAAAAAGCACAAUCAAAUAAGCCAACAAAAUUCAGAGGGAAACCUGUAGCACCAAUACCUGGAAGAGAUGGAAUGUGGAUCAUAAAAAUAACUCUGCCAACAGGAGUAGAAUAUUAUGAAGGAAAACCUCUAAGCUUAAUUCCAGAAACUGAUGGAGAAUGGAUUGUGCAAACAGAGCAGCCAUCUUUACCAGUGCCAUAUGAUGUUGCACCUGGAGUACAGAUGCCUACAGGAGGCUGGAUCAUAGAAAUGACAAAUGGAAAUAAACCAACCAAAUUUACAGGAAUACCUGUUGCUCCAGUUUCUGGAAGAAAAGGAAUUUGGAUAAUAAAAGUGAUUCUGACAAUAGGCACAUUGGUGUUUGAAGGAAAAAUUAUAUCUCCAUUGGCAGGCACAGAAGAAUGGAUCAUAGAAACUGAGCAGCCAACAUUACCAGUGCUAUAUGUAGGGGGUCCUUAUGAUGUGACUUCCCUUGGUAAAGAGUUUGUCACAGCCUUUUUGCAGAAUCACAACCCCCAUGAGAAGCCUCGGCUGGAACUUUUUAUUACUGGCACAGCACCUGACACCACAGUCUCUGUUUCUGUUAGCCAAACUGAUUUCCUUAAAACGCAGAAGGUCGGAAAAGAUGAAACUAUAUCAAUUCCUAUUACGGAACCUGUGGAGAUGCAAGGGACUGGAACAUCUCCACGUUCUAUAGUCAUUAAGUCAGAUGCUGAGAUUACUAUUGUUUCCAGUAACUUUAAAUAUGCCAGUGCAGAUACAGCUUUGCUUUACCCAGUACACAGAUUGGGAAGAGUAUAUUUUGUAUUUACCCCUCCAUUCGGUCCUGGUUCAGCCUUUAAGGAGUUUGCUGUAGUAUCUUAUGACAAGGCCACAACUGUUGAUAUUGAUGUCAUGGGAGCUAUUAAUUUUGAUGGAAAGGAUUAUCCAAAAGGUAGUAGAUUGACAUUAUCCCUUGAACCUUUCCAAGCUGUGCAAUUUCAGAGUCCUGAUGAUCUCACAGGGACCAAGGUGGUCUCUCAGCAUCCUAUAGCUCUCCUGAGUGGGCACACAUGCUCCAAGAAAUAUGGAGACUGUGACCAUGUAUAUGAACAGCUCUUACCGGUCCCCAGCUGGGGAAGUACAUUCUAUAUCCCAGGCUUGUCUUUCCAAACGAAAUCUGAUUUUGUAUUUGUUGUGGCUUCCGAAGACACCACAAUUGAUUACCAAACUGGGAAAGAAAAGGGAAAGAAAAAUUUAGCAGCUGGUGAAUCAGCUCAGUUUGAAGUUACCCAAAAUUCACCAUUAUCUUUAGAUGCUAGUAGAAAUAUUCAAGUCUUCCUUUAUGGUGCUGGUGGGACCUCCAAAGACAAAUUAUUUGGCACCUUCCUUACAAGUUUAACUGCCAUUACAUUGUUUGGUUCAGGAUAUCAAAUCAUUGGGCAGGAGAGGUUUGAGACCAACUUGGCUGUAUUCAUAAUUAAAACAUCCAGUAGAGGACAAUUAAGUUUUGACAGGAAACCACUGCCAGGCUUGAAUUGGAAAUCAUUCCCUGGAUCAGAGUACUCUUGGGCAGAAUAUGACUACGGCCGAAGCUUUGGUUCCCAUUUAGUUGAGCAUCCUUCAUCUUCGUUUGGAUUGCUGAGCAUUGGCUACUCCCCAAGUACAAGCUAUGCAUCUCUGGCACCAAUUAUACGUGGUCCUGCAGUUCCUCUUCCAAAAGCCAAAGAUGAAUGUAGUGAUGUAAACUGCCGAAUUGAAGAGACUUGUAAAAUUAAGGAUGGACAAGGGAUCUGUGAGCCCAAUUAUGUGGGAACCUGCUGGGGUUGGGGUGAUCCUCACUACAGCACCUUUGACGGCAAGAAAUUUGAUUUUCAGGGAACAUGUUCCUAUAUACUUACUCAGUAUCUUGGCAAUGAAAAUGGCCUGCAGCCAUUUAGUAUUAAGGAGAAGAACGAAAACAGAGGAAACAAAGCGGUGUCAUUUGUCAGGCAUGUCACCAUAGAGGUGUACGGACAUGAGAUCACUAUCAAGAAAGGAGAAAGUCCACAGAUCAGAGUUGAUGGCAUACUGCAAAAUUUACCAGUAACGUUGGAAGGUGGAAAAAUAAAAAUAAUUAGGAGUGGUAAAACCGCACUACUUAUUACAGAUUUUGACCUUAGAGCAUCAUAUGAUUGGGACUGGCAUGUCAUAGUUAAGUUGCCAAGUAGUUACCAUGGCUUGACAUCAGGACUUUGCGGAAACUUAAACAAAGAUCCAGCUGAUGAUAUGUUCACAGAAGAUAAUAUACCGGCCACCUCAAUCACAGAGUGGGCCAAGAGUUACAAAAUAAAUGAUAAAGACCCAUUCUGCAGUGAUGCUUGCAUUGGCCAAUGUCCCUCUUGUGAUGAAAACCUGAAAAACCAAUAUAGAGGGGACAAGUCAUGUGGCAUGAUAACUGACAGCAAUGGACCCUUCAAAGAAUGCCAGGCCAAAAUUGAUUCAGAAAAUUUCUACAGCAGCUGUAUUUAUGAUGUGUGCAUGAACGGAGGAGCCAAGGUCUUCCUUUGUCAAGCUCUUAAUGCUUAUGCUACUGAAUGCAAGAGAGACAAUAUAAAUAUUGCAAAAUGGAGAACUGCAGCAGGAUGUCCCCUGGAUUGCCCAGCAAACAGUCACUAUGAGGCUUGUGCAACUGCAUGUCCAGCCAGUUGUGCUGACAGAACUGCCCCUAGCACAUGUAAAGAACCUUGUGUAGAAACCUGCCAGUGUAAUGAAGGUUUCAUCCUCAGUUCAGACCAGUGUGUUCCAAGCACAAGCUGUGGCUGUAACUAUAAGGGUCUGUACUACCAAGCUAAUGAGGAGUAUUGGGCUGAUGACAGUUGCAGUUCCUACUGCAGAUGUGACCCACAAUCUGGGGAAGUGGUUUGCCAAGACAGGAGGUGUAAAGCCGGUGAAGUGUGCAAAGUAGUUAAUGGUAAACGGGGCUGUCAUCCUUCUGGUUUUUCAACGUGUAUAGCCUCUGGAGACCCUCACUACACAACCUUUGAUGGAAGAAAGUUUGACUAUAUGGGCACGUGCAUAUACCAAAUGGUCAAAGUUACCUCCGCUGAUUCAACAUUAACCCCUUUUAGUGUCACUGUUCAGAAUAACAAUCGUGGGAAGAAAACUGUGUCUUUCACUAAAGUUGUGACGUUUGAAGUCUAUGGUCAGAACAUAGUUGUUGACAAAGAUAAACCGAGAGAAAUUCAGGUCAACGGUAUUCAGACGCAACUUCCCUACUACUACGAAAAUGAUAAAAUAGUUGCAUACAUCAGUGGUAUCCAUGUAUUCAUGAAGACAGAUUUUGAGGUUACUGUGACCUUUGACUGGAAUAGCUAUGCUAGAGUGAUUCUUCCCCAAAAUUAUGCCAAUGCAGUCAGUGGUUUAUGUGGCAACAGCAACAAGGAUCCAAGUGAUGAUUUCACCAUGAGCAAUGGUGCCAAAGCUAAAAGUGAAAAAGAAUUUGGAGACAGUUGGAAAGUGGCGGAUGUUCCUGGCUGUGACCAGGGUUGUGCCACAAACUGUCCAAAGUGCAAAGAAGAAAAUAAGGCCAAAUACAAGAGUGACCAAUAUUGUGGCAUCAUUACAAAAGCUGACGGACCUUUCAAGAACUGCCAUGCAACAGUCAAUCCAACAUCAUACUUCGAUGACUGUGUGUUUGAUACCUGUUAUUUUGAAGGCCAGUCAGUUGCCUUGACAAGUGCAGUUUCAAACUAUGUCUCUGCUUGUCAGGCUGAAGGAUUAAUGGUUCUUGAAUGGAGAGCAGGUUUUUUCACAAAACUUUCUUGUCCCUCAAAUAGUCAUUAUGAGAUUUGUGGAACAGGAUGUGCCGCAACAUGCCAUGGCCUUUCUUCUCCGAAAAACUGUAAAGCCUCUUGUUCAGAAGGCUGCUACUGUGACAGUGGAUAUAUUCUUAGUGGAGGAAACUGUAUACCCAUUACUGAGUGUGGCUCCUACUACAAAGGAAAAUACUACAAGAAAGGAGAGAGGUUUUAUGCCGAUGACACCUGCACAGAAUAUUGUACAGUCCGUAAAAAUGGAGAGGUUUCCUGUGAGAUUCUUCCUUGUGCACCAACAGACACAUGUGAGGUUGUGAACGGAAUCCGAAGCUGUCGGGCUCAGACAUGUGCAAAAUGUUCACUUGCGGGGGCUCACAUCUCAACAUUUGAUGGAAAGAACUAUGACUUCCAAGGAACAUGUGCUUACACUGUUGCAAAGACUAAUCCCGGAGACCCACGUCUUGAGCCAUUUUCAGUUACAGUGCAAAAUCAGUUCCAUAAUCAGACCAAUUUAGUUGUACUAAAAUCUAUAACGCUGUCCAUAUAUGGUUACGACAUCACCCUUGUAAGAGGACAACGAUUUAAAGUGCUUAUCAAUGGUGAAGUCAAGCAACUCCCCGUGUUCUGUCCAUGCGGGAGAGGAUUCGUUAACAAAGAAGGCCACUAUAUAGUCAUCCAGACAGAAUCUCAAGUGAAAGUCAUCUAUGACACUCAACACAAAGCAAUUGUCCAGAUUCCAGGAGGCUACGCAAAUAAUAUGCAAGCGCUGUGUGGAAAUUAUAAUGAUGAUGUUACUGAUGAGUUUAGGCUUCCUGAUGGAACUCUUGUCACUAAUGUAGAUGUAUUUGGAGCUUCAUGGAAAGUCCCAGGUGAUGACCCAACAUGCCAGGAUGGAUGUGGGGCCAACUGCCCAACACUGAAUGCUAUGAAAGUUGCUGAAUACAGUAAAGAAACAAAGUGUGGAUUAAUAAAGGCUACAAAUGGACCAUUCAAAGGCUGUUUUUCAAGAGUUAAUCCAAAGCAUUACUUCAAGGGUUGUGUAGAGGAUAUGAACAUCCUUGAUGAUGACAGCGUACUCUGUAUGAACAUUCAGGGCUUUGCGGCUGCAUGUCAAGCUGCAGGAGCAGAGAUUAAACCCUGGAGAACAGAUAAAUUCUGCCCUCUUUUGUGCAAAAACAGAAGCAGUUAUGACUUAUGCACCAGGACUUGUGACCAGAACUGUGCUUCAUUGACCGUUCCAAAUACCUGCACCAAACGGUGUUUUGAAGGGUGUAAAUGUGCCGAAGGGGAGUUCUUUAAUGGAGAUGAAUGUGUUCCAAUGGAGAAGUGUGGCUGUGUAAAUGAAGGAACUUACUUCAAGGUUGGGGAGUCAAUAAUGACGGAAAACUGCAGCAAUAAAUGUUCCUGUAACGCCGGGGGAGGAGUUUCCUGUGACGCCACUUCCUGCACUGGUGAACAAACCUGUUCUGUAAGAAACAAAGAGCGGGGAUGCUAUGCCAGGAACAGCAUUAUAAUGAAGUGAUGUCAUAAGGGAAUGGACAUCUGAAUCAAACGGUAUUCAUAUGGACCCAAAGUGACUAAAAAGACAAAUCCUCAAAUGUAUUCAAUUUUCAAUGAUUUAUAGCAAGCCCCAAUUUCCUUUCCCUUAAAGUAAAUGUGUUGUCUCUUAUAUGAAAUAAACUGAUUAAUUAAA